AUGGAAAAUAAAGAGACCAAGCAACAAGUGGUGGAGAGUGUAACAGCAGAAGAAGAAGCUGAGCAAGAGAAUGGGACGACGUUGAUAGAAGAUGAGAUCGAGAGGAGCAAAGUCGGCAUCAUGAGAGUCCUUUGCGACCGACAAGAUCCCUCCACUAAGGAAGUGGAUGACCUGAUGAUCAGGCGGUUUUUGCGAGCACGAGACAUGGACAUUGAAAAGGCUUCAACGCUCUUUCUCAAGUACCUUGCCUGGCGAAAGAGUGUUCUCCCAAAUGGGUGCAUACCUGAAUCAGAGAUUGCCAAUGAUCUGUCGCACGAGAAAGUGUGUAUGCAGGGACAUGACAAGAUGGGUCGUCCUAUCGUUGUUUCCUUUGGGAACAGACAUAACCCUUCCAAAGGCAACCCUGACGAGUUCAAGCGUUUUGUAGUCUACACGCUGGAGAAGAUAUGUGCAAGAAUGCCAAGAGGUGUAGAAAAAUUCAUAGCCAUAGCAGAUCUGCAAGGGUGGGGCUAUUCUAAUUGUGACAUCCGGGGUUACCUUGCUGCUCUUUCCACUUUGCAGGAUUGCUACCCAGAGAGACUAGGGAAACUAUAUAUAGUUCAUGCCCCCUACGUUUUCAUGACCGCAUGGAAGGUUAUUUACCCCUUUAUUGACACCAACACCAAGAAAAAGAUUAUUUUCGUGGAGAACAAGAAACUCACUGAAACUCUGCUUGAAGACAUUGACGAAACCCAACUUCCAGACAUCUACGGUGGCAAGACGCCACUUACUCCUAUUCAGGACUCCUAA